UUUAAAAACCGCAUAUAAAUGCAUUUUUAACACUUGGUAUCUUUCAAUCUACUGUUUAAAAGCCUACUUAUAUCCCUUCUGGAAUGUAUCCGAAUGUUGUAUGUAAAUGACUGACAUUUAAAAACGUGUAUACGUCAAAGGUAAAUCGUAAACGUCACUUUCAUUUCGUGUGUUGCUCGAAGUUGCGAAAAUAUUGAGAAUAUUUUUUCUUAACUACAGUUGAUAAUUCUAGAAUAAUGUCGAAAGUAACUUUCAAGAUUACUCUAACUUCUGACCCAAAACUGCCGUUCAAAGUAUGCUGAAUGGUCCAGGGUACUACGUUGAAGUUACAAGGGUUUAAAAUGGACACUGCUGUAGUAGAACAGUUCCUCAACUUCUUCCAAGACUAUAUUGGCCUGUGUCAAUGUGAGAGCUGGCCUGACAAUGACACUACAGAAGCUGAAAUAAGGAAUGCCUUACUCAUAGCACAACAUGUUGAGAAAAGUUUGGAUAGACUGCAAAAGAAGAAAGUGAUCAGUGAAUUCUUAUCUGUGUUGAAUAGUAACAAUGAGGCAUCAAGUAAUCUCAUUAAAAACUGCUUAAGUGACCCACCAAAGUACAUUUUAAAUAAGAUAAUUAAUUCUAACACAAAGAUAAAUCAAAUGGAUGUCGGCUUUAGAAUAUUUCUUGAGUUGUUUUCUGAGGAAAAGUUGGAAAAUUGUUUAACUGAGUUAAUGCUUGAGGCAGCAUCCAAAGAGACUUUACUGAGAAAUGUCACAAAUAAACUACCUCGGGAUAAAAUACUAGAAUUUAAAAGCAAAUUACUGUUGUUACAACUUAAGUCAAGUGAAUCUGAUGUUGUAAAGUUAUUGACGAAUUGUUCCCAAGACUUGGUAGAUGUGUUAGUAGUCAGUUUGUUAAAUAACGAGUCACAAUAUGGGAAGGCUGUACAAUUGAUAGCCAAUGGGAUCCAUGAGGUAGUGCUAAGUAAGGACAGUUCAUCUAAAACAUUUUGGAAAUUCCUGUUUCAAGUUGAAGAUAGAUACUUUACUGAGAUGUGUAUUGAGAAUUCUGAUAUAUUCAUUUACAUAGUAGAAGCUUUGACAGACUGCAGUAAGUUGUUGAGAGAAGGCUUGUCCGCCAAAUCGUUUUACAUAGAAUUAAGUCAUUCCGAGUUGGUUGGUGUUGUACAAAAAAUAUGCAGUAAAGAUUGUUUGAAAUCAUUGUUUUUUGAUACUAUAAAGAAUUAUGAUAAUGAUUUGGAUUAUUGGGAGGCGAUGUUGUAAAUCUUUGAAUAUAAUUGUGAUUUUUUUAAA